GAGAGAGAAAAACAGAGGAACCAAAUCAGAUAUUAUAAGUGUAUUAUAAAAACUCCAUGAAAUCCUUGCAUUGCCUAAAAAAUAGCAAUGAAAAUGAUUCAAAGUCCUUCAGCAACAUCUUCAUUCUCAAAUAAGAUUUCCUUUUCAUCUCCAUUGUCUUUGAGAUCAUCCAAGCCUUCUUCAGCCAUCUCCUUCGCUUCAUCCAACCAUGGCCACCAGAGUUCCACUCUCGAAUCCCUCUGCAAACAAGGCAAGCUGAAUGAAGCCUUCCAAACCAUUCACCAAAUGGAAAUCCAAGGCCAUGCAGCCAAACCAUCAACCCUUGUUCUACUACUCCAAGCUUGUGCCGAAACCCGCUCAUUACUCUCAGUGAAAAAGGCUCAUCAAUGCAUUGUGAGAUCCUCAAGAAGCAAAUGUAGUAAAACUUUGGUUCAUAAAUUGGCAGAAGUUUACUGUAAACUUGGUAGCAUUGAGGAUGCACGGAAGGUGCUUGAUGAAAUGCCUGCAAAACAAAAAGUGAAUAAAAAACAAGUUUUUGCAAAGGUUAGAGAGUUACAUGAGCAAAUGAGAGCAGUUGGUUAUGUGCCGGACACACGGUACGUGUUGCAUGACAUUGAUGAAGAAGCAAAGCGGAGAGCUUUGAUGUAUCACAGUGAGAGGCUAGCAAUUGUUUAUGGGUUGAUGAACACUCCUCCGGGAACUACAUUGAGGGUGAUGAAGAACUUGAGGAUAUGUGGAGAUUGUCACAAUGCCAUUAAGAUCAUUUCCGAAAUUGUGGGCAGGGAGAUCAUUGUGAGGGAUAACAAGAGGUUUCAUCACUUCAACCAUGGUGUUUGUUCUUGUGGGGAUUAUUGGUGAAACAAGAACUUUGAAAAUUUGUUUAGUUCUAUGUUUUUGUGUUUUUUAAUAUUUAAUUUUAAAAUCAGUUUAUUUUUUUUAUUUUUUUUUGUUUUUAACCCCUGGUUUUUCAGAGUUAUAGGUUUUGUAUCAGAUUGGGAUGAGGU